AAGGUAUGGCUGCCGCGUCGCCAGCCCAGGGCGAGAGUGGGCGACCUCAUAUAGCUUGAGCGGGAGGCAUUUCCUUUAUUUGUUACUGGUGCUUGGCGUGAUUGUGUUGUGCUAAAGGACAUCAUGCGGACAUUGGUGAUUAUAUCGCUGGUUGCUAUGACAGCCUACGCCCAGUUUGACGGGCCGGCGCCACCACGACUCCAGAUUCCUGGGGCAAUCCCAAUUGGAGGCGCCAGACAGGGAGGCUUCCGGCAAGGAAGAAUAACAGCUGCACAAGUUAAAAUACCAGUAGCAAGGGUGCGACGACCAGGCCUAGCAAGACCUUCAUUCAAAUCUGUAGACGCAGCGCCGCGUCCGAAUCUUCAAUCAAUUGAAGAACCAGCCAAACCUGUCACUGAAGAACCGGAAGAUGAAAUUGAUAUUAAUACUCCCACUGCGUACACAUCCAACGCAUACUCUACUCCUGAGCCCCAGAACGAUUACUACGACAUCUCUACAACAUCCCAACCAAAACCGCCAAGCAUAUACAAUUCUUCGCCUUAUGCUCAAACAACACCUAGUAUCCCUAAGCAGGAGCCAAUCAGGCCAACCCAAUACCGCCCGCUUUUGCCACAAUCGUUCAGUCCUGUGAGAAAUGAACCCCAAUCUCGGCCUCAACCAGUACGUCUACAACCUUUAUCUAGCAGACCGCAAAGACCUUCAUUAAGACCAGAACCCAAACCAUUCGCGGAAGAAGAUGAUAUUAUUCAGCCUGUUCGGCAAUAUACCAGACCUCAAGAACCAAUUCGCGCAGCCCCAGUUAAGAGCGCACCACAGAAAUACAUACCUUCAAAUAACAGGGAAAAGAAACCGGUAGCGCAAAUCCUUCGUAAAUAUAGGGAAGAAAACGAAGAUGGCAGUAUCAUAUGGGGAUUUGAAAAUGAUGAUGGCAGUUUUAAAGAAGAGAUGAUUGGGGUAGACUGUAUCACUCGUGGCAAAUAUGGUUAUGUUGAUCCAGAUGGUUUAAGAAGAGAAUACAAUUAUGAAACGGGCAUUGCCUGUGACAAGACUAAAGAUAACCAAGAAAAAAAUGGAUUUGUUGAUUACCAAGAAAACAAAGCUGUUUUACCAAAUGGUAUCACUAUUGAUCUCAACAAUAUGGGAAAGAAAUCGAAGAGGCCAUUUAGAUCACCAAGUAAUCAGUAGAUUUAAGUAUAUUUAAAAAAAAUAUUAAUUUAUUUUAAGAUUUAUUGUCUAAUAAGUACCUAAUGUGUUACAUACCAUGAAUAAAAUUAAUGGUAUUAAAUAA